UCUGACUCUUUCGCUGAAGUUGAAAUGGCUCGUACUAAGCAAACUGCACGUAAGUCGACCGGGGGUAAAGCUCCACGAAAACAAUUAGCGACAAAGGCUGCGCGUAAGAGUGCACCCGCAACCGGAGGAGUGAAAAAACCUCAUCGUUAUCGUCCUGGAACUGUUGCUCUUCGUGAAAUCCGAAGAUACCAGAAGAGUACCGAACUUCUGAUUCGUAAAUUACCUUUCCAACGACUGGUACGUGAGAUCGCACAAGACUUCAAAACGGAUCUCCGUUUCCAAAGUUCAGCAGUUAUGGCACUUCAGGAAGCCAGUGAGGCAUAUCUCGUUGGUCUAUUCGAAGACACUAAUCUUUGUGCCAUUCAUGCUAAGAGAGUUACCAUUAUGCCGAAGGAUAUUCAGUUGGCGCGCAGAAUUCGUGGAGAGAGAGCUUAA